CGAAAAAGGAAAGUAUAUUAAAUAUGUUAUUAGCAAAUGUAAGUAAUUUUUAGUGAUUGGUUGAACAUAAAAUUGCAGAAUAAAGUGAAAAAACGGAGAACUUUGGAACCAACCAACCAACAGUGUCGAGUGUUGUUUUCAGGCUAGGGAUAGGAAGAUUGGACAGUUUUGAUUUAGCUGUCGAAGUGAAAAGUAAAGGCCCCGAUUCCUUGUAAGAAUUCAGUGACAACUUGUUCAGUAGUUGCGUUUUAACUUAAAGUAGAACUAUUUAAAGGAAUGAUUGCUGUGUAGAAGCCGAUUUCAAAUGUUUUGUUCAUUGUUGUGUGAAUAAAAGUUAUAUAUAUGUUACGCGAAGAAAGAAUUAAAAAAAAAUAAAGAAAAUGCCUCUGUUUGGAAAGGAAAAAAAGUCCAAGAAAGAUGGAAAGGAUUCCGAUAAACAGCCGUCUUUGGAAGACAAAUAUUACUUAAAAGAAUUACUGGGAACAGGGGCUUUCUCAGUUGUCAGGCUGGCUGAAAGCAAAGACAGGCCUGGAUUAAUGCAUGCUGUUAAAAUUAUAGACAAGAAAGCCUUAAAAGGAAAGGAAGACUCUCUUGAAAAUGAAAUUAAAGUUCUUCGAAGACUCAAACAUCCCAACAUAGUUCAGCUUCUGGAGACAUUCGAAGACAAAUCAAAAGUCUAUUUAAUAAUGGAGUUAGUGACAGGUGGGGAGCUUUUUGACAGAAUCGUGGAAAAAGGCUCGUACACGGAAAAAGAUGCUGCCGAUCUGAUCCGUCAAGUAUUAGAAGCGGUAGACUAUAUGCAUGUGCAAGGUGUGGUCCAUCGUGAUUUAAAGCCGGAAAACUUGCUCUACUACAAUCCGGACGAGGAUAGCAAAAUAAUGAUAAGCGACUUUGGACUAUCGAAAAUGGAGGAUUCCGGUAUUAUGGCGACGGCUUGCGGAACACCGGGUUACGUCGCGCCCGAAGUUUUGGCGCAAAAACCGUACGGCAAGGCGGUCGACGUGUGGAGUAUAGGCGUUAUUUCCUACAUUUUACUUUGCGGCUAUCCGCCCUUUUACGAUGAAAGUGACGCCAAUCUAUUCGCCCAGAUUUUAAAAGGCGAGUUUGAGUUCGAUUCACCCUACUGGGACGAAAUCAGUGACUCAGCCAAAGACUUUAUAAGAAACUUGAUGUGUGUUAAUGUGGACAAAAGAUUUACUUGUCGACAAGCUUUAGGACAUCCUUGGAUAUCUGGUAAUGCGGCAAGCAAUAAGAACAUCCAUGGAACCGUGUCGGAACAACUGAAAAAGAAUUUCGCUAAAUCUCGCUGGAAGCAAGCAUACCAUGCUACCACUGUGAUAAGACAGAUGCAACGAAUGGCCCUAAGUAGUGGUAGUGGUAGUGGAAGCGGGAAAAGUCCCACCCCGCAGCGCAGUAUGUCGACGGGAGAGGCCUGCACUAGUUUGAACGGGGCGCAGGACAAGUAGGGAAAAUGAAAACAAAAAAAUUCAAACAAAGUUAAUUUUAAACCAUUAUUAAAUAGUUGUUAAAGAAAAAUGAAUAAAACAUGUAAGCAAGCUCGCUUAUUUAAAAGAGAAAAAACGCGUUCUAUAAAGUGUCGACGUUUUUUUUUGUUAAGCUAAUUUUUUGGCCGACUAUGCCGUAACUCACUUAAGACUUCCAAAAAACUUUAAAUAAUAAAUAAAACAUUGUGAUGUACCAAAUAUACAAGGUUAUAGUUUAUUUUUUGCAUUUAGUUUGCAGAUGUUUGACAAAAAAGUUAUAAGGCUGACAAAUAAAUAUCUUUGAACAUUUUCGUUGUUUAGUAAAUUGGCAAAUUGGCAUUUGUUACCCUAUUUUGGCCUAUUGAAAAUCAAUUUCGGGUUCAAGUGUCAAACUAAACAUUUUUUUAAAUUGUGAUAAAAUUUUACACGACUGCCAGAAAACUUGAUCCAUGACAAUUUUAAUUUUUCAUUCCCCUACAAACUAUUUACCUUGUAUAUACUCAAAAACGUAACAGUGUGUAUUAAAUUUUUAAUUGAAAUUAACUUGUUUUGCCUCUCAAAGUCCAAACAACAAUAUACUCAAAAUAUUGUUUGCAUUCUUUAAGUAAAUCUUAAUAUACUUAUUUUUUUAUAAUUACAUGUAU